AUGGUGUGCACUGUGGGCAUCUCGCUGCUUCGGGUCUCAAAAGACGACACGUACCUAAAGUUCCUAGCACGGUUCCAGCUUUUGCCAACGCGCCACCAAACGAGGACUCCUCCCUCCAACUUGCCUUCGUCCGUCUGCCUCCUUAAAAACAGUAAGAUGGCCCGCUCCCUGCUCGCCCUGACUGCCCUCUUGGCCCUCGCCAGCUGCAUCGCCACCUCCGAGGCGCAAACGAUCACUGCACCCACGGUCGUUGGCUGGCUCAAGAACAUCACCACACAGUCGCCGCAGCAGCUGCAGUCCAGUGCGAACCAGAUUACCUUGCUCAGCGGCCCUCUGAUCAUCAUUGGCCAGGGCCCCUUCCCUCCGAUUAUUAGGGGCUUCACCAGCAUCGUGACGACCGGCACUAGCGCCAAUGCGAUCCACCAGCAGCUGCUCAACAUCCUCAUCGGCAAAUCCGGCCUCUUCCAAACUGCGCCCUUCAUUGGGCAGCCCAUCUCUCAGGUGCUCCGCAGCAUCGAGUCUAUUGUCGACGCGCUCGCGUUCAAUCUGAUCGACGCGUGCCAGGCCAGGGCGGCGGACCUGACCUCUGAGAAGGACAAGCUGAAGGUAACCAUCCAACUCGUCAUCACCAAGUACGAUGGUAUCAGCGUGGCCGGCGUCCAGCCCGGCGGCCGGAAGCUGCUGAGCGUGGCGGCAUAA